GCUUAAAGGUCCCUUCUUUUCCAAGUUUUCUACAGUGGGGAAAUUUGCAAUUUCCUUUCUGGUCUAACAGGCCUUGUAGUCUUGUGGGUUAGUCUAAGUUGUCCUGACGUGCUUAUUUCUCUUUCUUUCUUCUUUUCGGGUACUGAUAAGUGUACUGCCAGGUAGUAAUUUGAUGAUUAGAGAUUAUCAAUUCUUCUGGAGGUUCAUUUCCCCUGCAGAAAAUCCUCUCGAGAUCUGGCGAAAAACGAAGUAUGCAAGCUCAGUCUCAGGAUGUAGGCGGUAAUGGAGUUGGUGAUCCUCGGGCUUCAUCAUCGUCAUCAUCUUCUUAUUCACAGGUUGAUAUGGGCAAUGGCAGAACAUCUAGUGAUGAAGUUAAUAGGGCAGGACCAACCAUUCGGAAAGCUGAUCUUUCUCUUAAUAUACCACCUAGACCAGUAGGUUUUGGAGCUAAUCGAUUUGGGAAAGGAUUGAUGAACUCUCAAACUGCUGGCUCGUCGUCGUCAUCAUCGAGACGAGGCUUGCUGAGGGCAUUAAGCUUCAAGAAGAGAAAUGGCGGUGGGCCUGAGGGUGAGAGGAGCUCUCUGCUCAACUCAGAAACCUAUUCACAACAACCUCCAGUUAGUCCUAUCAUUGCCAAUAUCAAGUCUGCAUUUUCCAGAUGCAUAUCACUUCCACCUGCUUCAGCUUUGUCUCCCACGGUCGCAGUUCAAACGCCUGCUUCAGCUCGAUUUCCCUGGGAAGUUCGUGACUCAGAGAAUGUUGUAGUUUCAAGGUCUCUUUCUGUUCCUGGGCGGAACUUUGUCAUUGUACGGUCUACAUCCUUUGCUGCUCCGAGGCAGCAAACCCCUAGAGACUCAUCUAAUGGAUUUUAUACACUUGCAGCACAAAAAACUUCGGAGUCCAAUGAGGGAGAUGAUGAUGAACACAUACCAGAAGAGGAAGCGGUGUGCAGGAUCUGCCUUGAUGCGUGUGAAGAAGGAAACACUCUCAAAAUGGAAUGUGGAUGCAAGGGUGAUCUCCGACUCGUACACGAAGCAUGUGCUGUCAAGUGGUUCAGCACCAAAGGUAACAAGAACUGUGAAGUCUGUCGUCAGGAAGUCAAGAACUUACCUGUGAUCUUGUUCCGAGUAACGAGCUGUGCCCAGUUCAAUGGCAGGGAGUCACCUGGUGGUGGCCAGAGUUUGAGGGCUCAACAAAUAAGUGCCUGGCAGGACUUUGUUGUGCUCGUCCUGAUUAGCACGAUAUGCUACUUCUUCUUCCUGGAACAGUUACUAAUCCAGGACAUGAAGACACAGGCAAUCGUGAUUGCAGCACCAUUUGCAUUUGCUUUAGGCGUCAUGGCAUCGAUAUUUGCAGUUAUCCUAGCGAUCAGGGAAUUCAUAUGGACAUACGCUGCACUCGAGUUUGCACUGGUAGCUGUGACCGUGCACCUUUUCUACUCCGCUCUCGAUCUGGAUGCUAUCUAUGCCAUACUCCUAGCAGCAGUUUUCGGGUUUGCAGCGGCUAUGAGCCUCAACUCGUUGUACGUUCAGUACUUCGUCUGGCGAGCUGAGGCUGCUCGAAACGCUGUCUUCAAUGCUUCCGCGGUGUGACUUGGACACUUCUUGAGAACCCUGAAAUUUGCGGUGCUGAAAUCUGAUGGGAAUUGGUGGAUGGUAGCAGAGGUAGCGUUGUGUAUAGCCUUACAGACUGGUAAGGGGUUUCCAGUUUCUGGGCUUGGAGAUAUAGUGUGGUAAAAUGCGACCACAACUGUAAUUGUUUUAUCGGAUGUAAUUACUAAUUAGUGACGGAAUAUUUAACCUAUUCUUUCUUUAUGAAUUCCAUUUAUAUUUUUUCGGCCGAGAAAUAUAUGCUUGUUGCCUGAAUUGGGACAUGAUUUGAUCGUUACCAAAAUUUUCAAACACAUGUAUCAAACAAAGACCA